CUCCUCCAAGAAUGCCCACUCCAUUUCCUUACCCCACCUAAGGAGCAACUCGUCUUCCAUCAUUGGAGACGAGACUUGCCUCAUGAUCUGUGUUCCGUCUCCGGGUGGGUCACUUGCUUGGUCGGGUCUGAAGGCCACGCAUUAUUAUCGCUGUUUUAGCCCCCACGGCACUGUCUCGUGGUGGCUAGCUGACAAUCGUCGUGUCUUUUUUUGGAAAAUUCUCUCUCGGAUCUGUUCUCCGUCCAUAUAAUUGCGGCUACUGUUGCUUCCCAUCGAUGAAUCGACCACUGCCGACGGUGAAGGAUUUCGAGCUACUCUCUGGGGACAUCUGUCGAAUACCGCUAGUUCAUCAAUGGCUGCUCAGCUUGAUUUGGGACUUCUCACAGCAUGAUGCACUCUAAGGUUGAAAACAUGCCUGGUGGUUGGCCAUUUGGACUGGAGAGCAUGACCGUCAGAUUGAGCAUGGGGAACUUUCAAGCUGCUGCAACAUCAACAAAUUCACAUCAUAUGCAUUCAGAUAGUUUUGCCUCGUACUCUUCCUCCGACCUCGACACACUGUCCACCAGAUCCUUCUUUCAAGACCGCAGCAUCACUCUGGGCAGUUUAAUUGGGAUGACACCAGUAGACAGAAAUGUACGCCUCGCGAAAUCAUUUUUGUCUGAAGAGUUGGAGCGUGCUUCAAGGAUAAACUUACCGCAUGAUUCUGCAGAGAGCGAUGAAGAGAUGUUCUCCUGCUGCAUUUGUGUUGCAUUUAUGGACAAUGUUCUUCCCGGCAGGACUGGUUCAAGAUACUGAAGCAGGUUGUCCAGUUGAUGUGUGCCAUGGCAACCUCGACUUACUUGCAACUCAAAUGCUUGCUUGAUCUCUAGAAUUGUUUGUACUGCACGAAAACAAGGUGUACUUGGCAUUGCAUAUUUCACUGAUGAAUCAUUGUUGUGGGACAGAAACUUAGUGUUGCAAAACAAUGUAUUUUCAGAUACUUUUAAGUACCCCAGAAAGAGUAUUCAAAGUGCAGGAGGCACUGCCACUAUUUUCUUGUUUAGAUAGCAUUGGUGUGUAACACAUUGAAAGUACUUUUAUGACCAAUAGAUACACCAUUAUUUUCA